ACAGUUUGCCGCGGUAGCACCGGUAUCGGUAGGUAUAAUAAUAUUAUAUACGUAUAACACUACACGCUGCUCAACACAUAUACAAUAUUAUUAGUGUAAUAAUAUUAUACUAAACAAUAUUAUUAGUACAAUAAUAUUGUAUAGGGAAAACGUCAUAAAUCUAUCAGAAAAGCCGAGGAUUCGCGUACACGUGAAUUUCGAUUUUUAUUUUUGUUCAUACGUGUAUUUCGGAUAGUAUUGUUCAAACGAUUAGCUAAUAAUAAUUAUAUACAUAGUACACAACAAUUAUUAUCGCCGUAUCCACCUACGAGGAAUAACACUUCUACCGAUCGUGUACCAGAAAUAUUGAACCAUUUAAACAUGAGAAAAGAAAAAUGUUUUAUUAUUUUAACAUGCAUGCUUGGAAUGGCAACAUCUCAGUCCAGUAAUGAAUGUCAAACUCCAAAUUAUGAAAAUGGUGUUUGUAUCGACAUUAAGCUUUGCCCAAAGUUACUAAGUCUAUUAGCAAAUCAAAGACAAGUACCCUCCGUUUUAGUCUUCCUUAAGAAAUCCUUUUGUGGAUUUGAAGAAGAUUUCAAAAGAACAAAAGUAUGUUGUGCUUUGGAAAAUGAUGCAGAACCAACAGUACCAAAAGCACCGGUAGCACCAGAAGAACCAGCAGCACCGGUAACACCUGUAGCACCUGUAGCACCGGUAGCACCGGUAACACCGGUAACAAUGCCAAACGUAAUGAACAGUAUUGGGACAACGAACAGCGGCGAGGCAAAAUUACCAUCGCAAUCUAGGUGUGGAAUAACCAACGUCACCCGCAGUCGAAUCAUCGGAGGGACGCCAGCCGAAUUAGGCGCCUGGCCUUGGAUGGCAGCCCUCGGAUAUCAGAGUUCAAAUCGAAACAAUCGCGCUUUACAGUGGCUUUGCGGCGGCACAUUGAUAUCAACUACACACGUGCUGACAGCUGCACACUGCGUAUACAAUGUCCCUGUAAAACUGACUACUGUACGAUUAGGUGAGUUGGAUUUAAAUCCUACGAUCGAUGACGGUGCAAGGCCGAUAGAUGUUCCGGUUAAUCGUAUCGUCAUGCACGCGAAAUACCACCCACAAGAACUUACCAGUGACAUAGCACUGUUGAAGUUAAAAAAUAGUGUUACUUAUAACGUAUUUAUACAACCCAUUUGUUUGCCAAUCACUCCAACUAUGAGAAAUGCAGAUAUGUCGAGAAGUUUGCCAUUUGUUGCCGGUUGGGGCACUACUCAACCUAACCCCAGUGAACCUCCCAGUUUUCCACCCACCACUACUUUGAUGGAAGUUCAAGUUCCAAUGUCGAGAAUGGCGGAAUGUAAACAAGCAUAUUCUAAACAAAAAGCUGUAAUUGAUGACAGAGUUUUAUGUGCUGGAUAUCCAGAGGGAGGAAAAGACUCAUGUCGGGGUGAUUCGGGAGGUCCAUUAAUGAUGCCAAAAGGAAAACAAUACUUUUUGAUGGGUAUAGUGUCUUACGGAUUAACGAUAUGUGGCCAACCAGGUUUCCCAGGCGUGUACACUAGGGUACCUUCAUACAUUGAUUGGAUUCUUGAGAAAAUAAACGAAAACUGAGUUUCCUAAACUCAUAACUGAAAAUUUUCUUAAUAUUAUUUAUAUUUCUAUGCGUUAAGAAGACAGUUUUUAAUGAUUUAUUAAUUAUGUCAUGGAAUGUUUGCCUGUCUGUAAUAUAUUUUAAUUUUUUUUUUGAAA